CUCCUUGAAGUCCUUUCUCUCCAAGUCUGGGGUGGGAGGAAGCGUGGAAACGGCGUAUCCCGGUCACGAGAGACAGCGGUCUCUCGUCGAUCCCCACCCGCUGUUGAGAGGCGCUGCCUUGGAAGGGCCCUAAGGAAGGCAAUGACUGAGUACAAAUUGGUGGUAGUAGGAGCUGGGGGUGUUGGAAAAAGUGCCCUGACCAUCCAGCUUAUCCAGAAUCACUUUGUAGAUGAAUAUGAUCCUACUAUUGAGGAUUCUUACCGUAAACAAGUUGUUAUUGAUGGAGAGACUUGUUUGCUAGACAUCCUGGAUACGGCAGGACAGGAGGAAUAUAGUGCCAUGAGGGACCAAUAUAUGAGAACUGGGGAAGGCUUUCUUUGUGUGUUCGCCAUUAACAACAGCAAAUCAUUUGCAGAUAUAAAUCUUUACAGAGAGCAAAUUAAAAGAGUGAAAGAUUCAGAAGAUGUACCAAUGGUAUUAGUGGGAAACAAAUGUGAUUUACCAACACGAACAGUAGACACCAAGCAGGCUCACGAAGUAGCAAAGAGCUAUGGCAUUCCAUUCAUUGAAACAUCUGCCAAAACAAGACAGGGUGUUGAAGAUGCUUUUUAUACAUUGGUUAGAGAAAUCCGUCAGUAUCGAAUGAAAAGGCUCAACAGUAAUGAAGAUGGAAAUCAAGGCUGCAUGGGGGUGUCUUGUCUUGUGAUGUGAUGAGCUGCCUUUGAAUCAUCCAUCCAAGUUCAAAGCUGAAUCUUAAUUCCACUGUGUUGCAUUUCAUGAUGAUGCCUUGGCCAGUAUCAUGCAAGUUGCCAAUUGAUCAAUAUUAAAACAUUCUAUCAGCAUCAGAAGAUACUGUUUCUGAACAUCUACCUCUUUGCUCAGUUGAGCAUGCAAAGAAAAUCUCAUACGUUAUGUGUGGGAUUUUUCACUUUUCUUUCUUGGGUAGGUUCAAACAGAGAAACUGAUUAUAUGGGAACUUUAGAGGCCAAAUGCCUUGAAAAAAAUAACAUCUCAUUUUCUGGAAAGAAGGCUGGAAUGAAUUAUGAUCUUGCUAUUCCAAAAAAGCCAUUACACAGCAUUGUAUGGUAACAUAAUGCUUGAUUUCCUGUACACCGUUUUAAACCAGGAUAAUAUUUGUCACAUUUCCUAUACUAUGUAAAAAAUUCCUAUUGUGCAUUAGAUUAAUCACACCUAGUCUAACAUCUUUAAUUCUGGCCCCCUUUUUAUAACAAAAGUAAAAUUAUUUGAUUAUCAAGUGCCUCUUUAAAAAGGCAAGCUAGACCUUAAGCCUUAUCAUGCAGGUUGCAGCUCUGGUUCCUAGCUGACCCGUCUUGAUUGUUUGAAGCUGACUCAGUACAUUGGUCUGUGUAACCCAGUAUUAACUAUGCUUGGCUUUAUUGUAUUAUUCUUCUAUUUGGGCUUCCCAAUGAACUGUAUGUGGGAAUUUUGCAGAAAAUAUUUACUGUCACUGGGCUUUGUUGUCAGAGUUCCUUGCAUCAUUGACUGAAAGGCACUUUGAGAUUAAGAUUCUCCUGAGGAAAUAGCAGUUAACUGCUAUUUUCUAUUUUUAAAUACAAUACAUUCCAUUUACCUUGUGCUUGAAGGUACUGGUAUUUUCAUCAGGACCACUUAUUAGCUGUGGAUAUUGUCAACAGCUGUUAUUCCAUUAUCAGUCAUAAAACAUGGCUGUAUGAAGUUUAUGUAGAAAAAAAAUCUUUUCUAUCCCAGCUAUUUCUGCACUUCUAUUUUUAGUUAAACUUAUUUACUCAUUUGAUAUCUUUGUCAAGCACAGUAUCUUUAGGCUUACUAGUGAAGAAAUGUAUUUAGGGAAUCAACUUCAUUAGCAUUAUUCAUUUUGAAAGCUCUCUCCAGGCUACUGCUGUGCAGUGAAACCAGAGGUGAAGAGCUAGCAUAAAAUGGAACUAGAGGAGUAAAGGGUGAAUUUACUGUAAUUUUCCUGCUGCUUAAAAGCAGGUUUAAACUGAUACUGUACAUUUAUCCUUACAAAUUUGGAGCUGGAUUCCUCAGUAGCUUCCGUACCUCUAUUAUAAAAGAAAAGGAGCUGUGAGUUUUCCUUUCUCUAAUGCUGAGGAGUAGUUGAUUGGAUUACUAUUUAUAUUAUAUAUCCAAAAUCUGGUCCUGAAUCCCGUGUAUCAUCUCACUUGCAAGUGGGUGAGUGAACUGCCUUCACUGAAAGUAGAUGUUAAAAUGUGAGGUAUAUAAAAGCUGUCUGUUUGACUGUUUUACUUAUCUGAUUGAUGUGGUUUAUUGAAGGACAGAAAUGACUUCAAUAGAAAUUGAGUUUGUGGUUGUUAAGUGGUUUACUAGUUCGCAAUAUUGCCAUUUUACUGCAUACAUUCCAAGUUGGGUAGAAAACCACUGUAAUCCAAACUAUCUAAUCACCACAAUAAGAAAGUUGGCAUAUUAUUUCCUAAAUAUAUAACUUAAUGGAUCAUUUCAGACAUAUUUGAUCUGAAGCUAAUUACAUACAGCAUUAUAUAGGACCAUAAAAUAAUGUGUUCAUAUGCCUAAUGUGUUAAUAUUAAACCAAGCAAAAUAGAGCUCAUUUUCUCGAGAAAUUGAUGUCACCUGAGCAAUAAAUUGAUACUGUUUAAAGUCCCUUGCAUGUUGCUCCAUGCUACAUAGCAUUCCAUUUUUUCUUAGUGUGAUUCCUUUGUUCUGUGGUAGAUAUGUGGCAUAUACACUGGUAGAUAGUGAAAUUUGCUUGAUUUCUAAAAGUCAGUUAGCUGUGUAAAUUACAGAAGCACUACUACAGAACAUGGGACCACCUAAAAAGAAGUACAGCGAAUUGUUGGGCUUAGAAGAAUCAUUGAGAAAUCACACUUCUUGGUUAGCAUUUGCAGUUUAGAAAUUGUAAUUCCAAGAGCCUGAAUAUUAAAUGUCAUUUUUGGCUCUGUGUUCUGCAUGUUUGCCAAUGAAUCUGAGAAGCACAUAGUGAUACAUUAGUAAUUUUCCAUCUGGGGUUUACUUGUAUUAAAUAUUGUUUCAUCACAAAUGAGACAUAGGUUAAUUAAAAAAGCAGUUUGUAUACUGAAGUAGGUGAAAUCAGCUAAUUUGGGUGAUGGAAGCAAUUUUCAAACAACUGUUUGCUUCAGCAUAUAAAACAUUUCUCUAAAAGUUGGUAACAUUUGUAAUUCUUGCGUUCUUUCAAUUCUUGAAAUUUCCUGCAUUUACAUUUGCAGAGGAUGUUGUAGUGGUUAACCUAGGCCGCAACAAUAUAUUAUUCCUGAUGGUCUGCUGUGUUUUCCAGAUCACUGAUCAUCUCUUUCUGUAGCGCUAAGAAAAAAAGAAUUCAAUGGGGAACAUUUGAAAUAAUGCACAGCAGUGACAAAUAAAUCUCAUGUACAGAAAGUCCUUGACUUACAGCCUCAACUGAGCCCAAAAUUUCUAUUGCUAAGCAAGGCAGUUAAGAAAGUCAUAAGUGUUGUAACUUUGAACAGACAUUUACAAAUAGUCACUAAAUGAACGGUUGUAAGUCGAGGACUACCUAUAUUAGGAAAUUUAGGAAAGCAAGCACACAGAUUUAUAUAGAAUUGUUGCUCACAAAUUAUCAUGAACAGAUGUAUAACUAAAAUAAGUGCAUAGUCUUGAAUAAGAGUGUGGUACAUGCUGAUAGUAUCUGUUAGUUGCAGAUUUUAAAAAAUAGUGUUUUAAAAUAACUUUUACAACCAUGUUCCUCAGCUGAUCAAGGAUACCUUUGCUUUUAUUUUAGAAAAGAAUCUCACUGAUUCAUUUAAUUCUGCAGAAUCCAAAACAAAUUGGAUUUUUAGUUUAUUUUGCUAAUAAAUUAAAAUUUAGAUGUGGAAAAAAAUCUAUUGCAAGCUGGGCUUCCAGUUACCAGUCCUUGUUUUUCCUCUAACCGAUUAUAAUAAUGCUGUUAAAAUUACACUAAUAAUUUGCUGUAGAUGCCAUACAUAUUUACUGGACUGCUGAAUAGAAAACAAGAUUUAAUCUGCUUAAUAUUUUUAAACAUUUUCCAUUACUAAAAGGAUAUUCCUGAUACAGCAGAUAAUAGUGUGCAAACUUAGAUCAAGUGUUGAUCCUUUUUAAAGGAAAUGGCUUUCUUUAUAGGAUGAAUGGCUUCUGUAAGUUGCCUGCUGUGUUAUGUGUGGAUUGUCUUUUUUAAUGUUUCAGAAUGUUUAAUAUACUGUUUCAGAAAUUUUUGUGCCCAUAUGAAAAUGUAAUUGAUCCACUGAAACUUAUGGUCAGUUUCUUGUGUUACCUGCUAUCUGUGGUUUUAAAAAAAUACCUAUAUUGAUAAGUUCUCUAAACUUUGGUAAGAUACAUUUGGACUGUUUGAAAGCAAAAAGUGCCUUUGUUGCCUAACACAUUUGAAUUCCUAGAAAUGUAUGUACAAUUAGAAAUUCCCAAUCAUAGCAAGUGACAGCAAUUUGCCAAUUUUGGCUGAUUUGCGAAAAGCUAAGCAGAGUUGAAUGGAGUUAGUAUCACAAGACUAUUUAUAGACAAAAAAAAAAAAUCUAACAAAUCAUUCCCCUUUCACCAACCUUCAUACUAUUCUAUAUAGUCAUCAGGAAUCAAACUUCACUAGAGAGACUUUAAAAAUUCCAUCUUUUUUAUGUGUGCAUAUAAUAUUGUGUAUUGCUAGUCCUGACUCAUCUAUAUAAUAUAUGAUAGAGCCUAGACAUGGUUAGGCUCUAUUUUCCAUGGACAAAACAAAUGAAUUGCAAGAUGCUGUGAAUAUCAGUGAAGGCCAUUAUUGAUAAAACAACGAAGUCAAGAUUCUGAUCAUACAUAAUUCAGAGGCAGCUAAAAAUAAUUCUUAACUUCUGGAGCUGAUAUCACUUCAUGUUUAUUUGGAUGACAAAAUGACUUGUUUUAAGAAUGCUAUAAUAUUUGCUGUAACAUCUGAUUUUACUUUUAGUUAUGCUUAUUUCUAGAUCUCACAUAGCUGAAUACCACAGUUAAUAUGGGGCAAUAGAUGCUGUGUGGAUAAAAAAAAUGGACCAUGCUUCCAAUGUAUGAUAUUUCAAGAACUUACUCUCUGGAUUUCCAGACCAUUAAAUGUUAAAGGUUGACAUAUUGUCAAAGCACUAAAUCUAAUUCCAUUGUAAUGUAAUCAUUUUUAAAUGUGUUUAAGCAAACACUGUUUUUUUUCCUAAAAUACAUAAAUAUUUCUUUA